ACUAAUUAGAAAUCCUUAUUCUAGUCUCCUUGUUCUUCUCUGCUGCCUACCCCUUCAGCUGGCAUCUGCAAAUGGCGGCUUCCGUGUCUCCAAAUCCUCAAUUCUGCAAAAGAUUUUCCUCCACCAAGACUGCCACUACAUCCGCUGCUGCUUUCUUCUCCAAACCUUCCCAAAUUUCCCCCAAUUUCAAUCUCGAACGUGCUAAACCCUCUUUCCUUGUCCGCUGCUCAAUCCGAUCCUCUGCUCCUCCCAUCUCCACUCUGAAGCAGUCUUGUCCGCGUCCUGAAUACAUCCCAAACCGCAUAUCUGACCCUAACUAUGUCCGGAUUUUCGACACUACUCUCCGCGACGGCGAGCAAUCUCCCGGAGCAACAAUGACGACCAAACAGAAGCUGGACAUCGCUCGACAGCUGGCAAAGCUGGGUGUUGACAUCAUUGAGGCAGGUUUCCCUGCUUCUUCAGAAGCCGACCUUGAAGCCGUCAAAUUGAUUGCUAAAGAAGUCGGGAAUGUUAGCCCCGAAGGUGCUGAUGGCCAUGUGCCAGUUAUUUGUGGGCUUUCUAGGUGUAAUAAGAGGGAUAUUGAUAAGGCUUGGGAGGCUGUGAAAUAUGCUAAGAAGCCAAGGAUACACACCUUCAUUGCCACCAGUGAGAUUCAUUUGAAGCAUAAGUUGAAAAAGACUAAAGAACAGGUGCUGGAAACUGCUAGGAGUAUGGUGGCCUAUGCUAGAAGUUUGGGUUGUCCUGAUGUUGAAUUCAGCCCUGAAGAUGCUGGAAGAUCUGAUAGGGAGUUUCUUUACGAAAUUCUGGGAGAGGUUAUCAAAGCUGGUGCAACGACCCUUAACAUACCUGACACUGUUGGCAUUCUUGUGCAUGAUGAAUUUGAACAACUAAUUGCUGACAUAAAAGCAAACACCCCUGGAAUUGAUAAUGUUAUCAUUUCAACACACUGCCAGAACGAUUUGGGUCUUGCUACCGCAAACUCUAUUGGAGGAGCAAUUGCUGGUGCAAGACAAUUAGAAGUUACCAUCAACGGCAUUGGUGAAAGAGCGGGUAAUGCUUCAUUGGAGGAGGUUGUGAUGGCCAUCAAGUGUCGUGGAGAACAAGUAAUGGGUGGCCUUUACACUGGUAUCAACACACAACACAUUGUUGUGACAAGCAAGAUGGUAGAAGAGUGUAGUGGACUGCAUAUCCAGCCACACAAGGCUAUUGUUGGAGCUAAUGCUUUUGCUCAUGAAAGUGGCAUCCAUCAGGAUGGGAUGCUUAAAAAUAAAGAUACAUAUGAGAUUAUGUCUCCUGAAGAUAUUGGUCUGCUUCGUAGUAACGAGUCUGGAAUUGUUCUUGGUAAACUUAGUGGACGUCAUGCUUUGAAAGCCAAACUUUUGGAGCUUGGCUAUGACAUUGAUGGUAAAGAAUUGGAUGAUCUAUUUCCGCGCUUUAAAUCCGUUGCUGAAAACAAAAAGAACAUAACUGAUGAGGACCUGAUAGCACUAGUGUCAGAUGAGGUUUUCCAGCCGCAAGUUUUCUGGAAACUUGGAGAUGUACAGGUAACUUGUGGAACUCUUGGUCUUUCUACUGCAACUGUCAAACUGAUAGACGCUGAUGGUAAAGAGCAUAUUGAAUGUUCUGUUGGUACUGGGCCAGUUGAUGCAGCUUACAAAGCAAUUGAUCUCAUUACCAAGGUUCCUCUAAUACUUCUUGAGUAUUCCUUGAGUGCUGUCACAGAAGGCAUUGAUGCUAUAGCGACAACCCGAGUUUUGAUUCGUGGAGAUAGUCAGACAGCCACUCAUGCCUUGACUGGAGAAGCAAUGUCUCGGACAUUCAGUGGAACUGGUGCGGCAAUGGACAUUGUUGUUUCUAGUGUUCGGGCCUAUCUUGGUGCUCUAAACAAGAAAUUAAGUUUCAAAAAGUUGAAUGAGAGUGAGAUCUUGGUGGCCUAGAAGAGUGAUGCUUAGAUUGUAGGGAAUGCAGUCUUGAAUGUUGUGCAAUUAUGCAGGCGGCUAUUCAAGUCGUAGAGGAUUGGAUAGACGUAUAUUGGAGUGUUAUUUCAGCCAUCUGGUCGCUGCUUUAUCUGUUGUAUAAAGCUUGGGCGACGAAAUGAUGUGCAUGUUAACUUUAAGAAUAACGAAAGUUUUUUGACAAGCCACUUGUUUUAUUUUAUUUGAUGUUUUCUAAGUGAGAGCUGGGCAUUUGAUGCA